AUGGACAGGAACAAGGAAGUUUCUUCUGACCGUGUCGUUGUCGAAAACUUCUUUGGCCGGGUGUGCUCGCUUUGGAAGGUGUCCUACGCAACAUUUGUAUGGGGUGAGAAACUCUAUGAUGACAUUCAGCGAUUCACGUUUGCCCUUACCAACUUCCACGCAACUUUGAUGCCCUUGCGCCUCGAGGACAAUGACCACUAUCGUGUCGUCAUGGCACGCUACAAGAGUAUGGCAGCUGAGAACACCUCAAAGAGAGCUGCGAACCAGCGCAGGUACCUACAGCGCCAGGCUUUCACUGCAACAUUCAUGAAGCGCCUGGCACGAGCUAAGAAACACUUGAUCGGCAUUGAAAAGAUCGUGCGGCCCAUGCUCGACUUGGUGCAAGACCAAUUGCUCGACCAGGACGAAUUCAGCCACAAACCACCAUUUUAA